ACGACGCCUUACAGAGAAGGGUAGACUUCAAGUCUGAGGAGAAGAAUAGAAAACACUGGCUGGAGUUUAGUGAACAUCACAGAGGCUAAGGUUCAGUUCAGGAUGGAGAUCCUCCUCCUCAUCUUCACCCUCUACCUGAUCUCAGGUCCAGUGAGCUGCUUUAAUGUGAUUGGCUACAAAGGAGGUAUUGUUGGAAUCUUCUGCAAACAUGAGGAUUACGGAUGGAAUCCUAAAUAUUUCUGUAAGAAACCAGCAGAUCAGUGUGUUUAUUUCAAGCAAUUACUGAACACCUGGAAUCAUGAAGGUAGAUUUUCUCUUCGUGGCUCCAGUGGAGUUCUUACAGUGAUCUACAGAAACCUGAGUUUACAGGACGCUGGAUCAUAUCGGUGUGGAGAGACUGGAGAGUGGAGUCAUGAUGUGAACCUGGAAGUGAAUGAAAAUCCGUGUUGUUUGGGGCCAAAGUCUGUGUCUGGUUAUCUGGGAGAGACGGUCACCAUCAGCUGUUCAUAUCCAGAGGAGUUUAAGAGACACAUCAAGUACUUAUUUAAACAGGAUGGUCGAGAUUUUAAACAUGUACUGCAUACCAGAGAGACUCAGAGGGGCAGAUUCUCCAUCUCUGAUGACAGAAGCUCUGCAGUUGUCAGUGUGAGAAUCAGUGAUGUGAGAGAAGAUGAUGGAGGAGUUUAUUACUGUGCAGUGUGGACUGGAGGAGACUCGGUCAUGUAUUGCUCCCUCUACACAGAGACUCAGCUACGGGUCACUGCAUCGAUGGCACCAACAUCAGUCCCACCUGAUGAAGAUCAGUUCAGUAGGAGCUCAGAUUCACCAAGUUCCUCUGUCAUCAUCCUCUCUGUGUGUGUCUGUGUGGUUCUGCUACUGAUUGGAGGUUCAGCACUGAUCUUCUAUAAAAUGAGACACAAGAGGCACCAAGACAGAAAUUAUUCACCUGGGACGCAGCUGGAGGACAUUAAAGAGGUUCCCCCUGUGGACAGUAACUCUGAGGAGAUUGAACACACCAGUCAUGUUUCUGCUUUUGGAAUUUAUGCAAAUACUUCAUCAGCCACAAACAGUUCAGAUCCACAGAUCCACUCCAAUGUACAACCACUGAAAGACCAAGACCCCACUUACACCACGGUGAGUUUCCAGAAGAAUCCAGCUUCACCCUCUGAUACCGCAGUCGUCUUCAGUCAGGAGGAAUCUGCUACUGAGUACGCCACAAUCAUUUUCACAUGAAUUAGUUUGAGAAGUAAUAAUAUUGACAAAAAAGUUCUACAUUAUUUAAUUUUUCCCCAUCUUAACUUCUGCUACUG